GCUGGGCUGAUGAAUCCUGAUGGACUGGAGCCAGAUACGUACGGACCCAGGUCGUCCCGACUUCCAAAGUAACCACCAAGCCGGGAGCGUAGAUGAGUCCAAUGCGCCAGGAUGAUGAGAUGGUUGUCAACCCAGAGAAUCACCCAGGCCGCAGCGGGGGUGCUAGGGAGUUUCUCUUCUCGAAGCCAGGCCCUGCUUCUCCCGCCAACGGCCCUGUUGCUGGGGCCGCGAUAUAUUUGGAACUUGAUUGCGGCCAAGCCGUCUUGGGGCCUUGCAUUCUGGAACGUCCAUCUUCCACCAUUAUCAUUUGGAAAUUGCUGAGGUUGGGAAGCCCAAGACAGCGGGACAUUUGCAGGCCUGCAUCGGCCGCCGUCCUUGAUAGGGCAAAACGCGAAAAUAUCGCCGGUGUUAUAGGAACUCUGCCGUAUCACAGAUUCUUCCGGAGACGCCUUCACACCAUCUGCAGAGGAGGAACUAACCGUGGCGCUCCACCGCACCCCACGGCGUCAAAUAAUCGCCAGCCCAACCCAAUUGCCGCAUGCAUCGCGGCAGCCAUCUUACUCGAGCCGGAGUUUGCCAUUCGUUGAAUUUUCUGCAGCUGCACUGUGCUGGUGGGCCAUCACGCACUGCAUCUCACCCGGUCCACACUCCCGAUGUCGACUUCCACUUUGCUGCCCUGCGAGCAGCGGAAUUUGUGACAAAAGACUCCGUGAAGGGAUGUGUCUCUAGCCAGAGCUAAACCCGCUCACCUCUGCUCUCUCCAUUAGUGGCGAGAUUGCCACAGGCACCCCUCCGUCUCCUUGUCAUCCUACUAGUCCUUGAGCCU